AUGUGAGCGUGCAACACUGCAUACUGAAACCUGAAACUACCUCCCAACAAAAACUUACCAGUCUGCCUAAGAGCAUCAUGCCGUGUGAAAGGAAGCCCAUGCGCUAUGGUCACUCAGAGGGCCACACUGAUGUCUGCUUUGAUGACGAGGGGAAGUGUAUUGUAACCUGUGGAAGUGAUGGUGAUGUCCGCAUAUGGGAAAGUCUGGAUGACGAUGAUCCUAAAUCUAUAAAUGUUGGGGAGAAGGCUUAUUCUGUUGCCUUGAAGAAUGGAAAACUAGUCACAGCAGUUUCCAACAACACAGUUCAAAUUCACACUUUCCCAGAGGGCGAUCCAGAUGGCAUACUCACUCGAUUCACCACCAAUGCAAACCACGUCGCCUUUAACACCAGUGGCUCAAGAGUGGCAGCAGGAUCAAGUGACUUCCUGGUGAAGAUCGUGGAGGUGAUGGACAGCAGUCAGCAGAAGACCCUACGUGGACAUGAGGCGCCUGUCCUCAGUGUGGCCUUUGACACCUCUGAUGAGUUCCUAGCUUCUUCCAGCUGUGAUGGAUCAGUCACUGUGUGGUCCAUCGAGUCGCAGACUCAGGUAGCUCAAUGGAAAGUCCUCCAGAAGUCGAGUGAUGUGAGCAAUGCCAAGUCUCUCUGCAGACUUGCUUGGCAACCUCUUUCUGGAAAGCUGCUUGCUGUGCCAGUGGACAAGACCGUUCAGCUUUAUGACCGAGACACAUGGACGCAUAUUAGCACACUCUCUGAUGACCUCAUCACACAGGUUGUUAAUGUUGUGGUCUGGUCGCCGUGUGGGAAAUUUCUGGCUGCAGGAACAGUUGGUGGAAACCUCUUGAUUUGGGAUGCUGAUGCCAAACUGUGUAUCGAAAGACAGAAACAUGAGAAAGGCUUCACUGUGUGUGGUAUGGCGUGGCAUCCCACUGGGGGCCGGAUCGCUUACACUGACACCGAGGGCUGCCUCGGCCUCUUGGAAGGAGUGUCGUCCUCUUCCUCAUCAUCUACCACCCAGAGCACCAAGGCGCCUGCUGGUAAAGAAACAAAUGAUUAUGACGACCUGUUUGACGAGGAUGAUGACCGGGUGCUUGAUGAGGGCAUGAGUGAUUCGCGCUCUCCAGUGAAGAAAGCCGUCAUGGACGAUGAUGAUGACGACGAUGAACUUAUGCCUGCCACUGGCAGACCACGGAACAGAGGCGCGUUCUUGGACGACGAUUCUCGAGAUGCAGGCUCAGUAAAACUGGAUAAACUUCCAGAGGAGGACGGCAGCAGUUUGAUUCUUCCUGCUGUGGAUCCUAUUGUGUCCCGUCCCGUCUAUGAUGGCCCCAUGCCCACCCCACCACAAAGGGCUUUCCAACCAGGAUCCACCCCAGUGCACCUCAUGCAUCGCUUUAUGAUGUGGAACUCUGUGGGCAUUGUUCGUGGCUAUAAUGAUGAGCAGGACUAUGCCAUUGAUGUGGAGUUUCAUGAUACAGCCACCCAUCACGCCAUGCACCUCACCAACACCCUUGGCCACACCAUGGCUGACCUAUCCCAGGAGGCCGUGCUGCUGGCUUGUGAGGGCACAGUUGAGCUCGCUAGUAAGAUCCAGUGUUUGCACUUCUCUUGUUGGGACACUCAUAAGGAGUGGAUGGCGGAUCUUCCUCAAGGAGAGGACGUGCAUGCAUUGUGUUUGGGUCAGGGAUGGGCGGCGGUGGCCACCAGCGCUCUGAUGGUCAGGCUGUUCUCCAUCGGUGGUGUGCAAAAGGAGAUCUUCAGCCUGCCUGGAGCUGUAGUCUGCAUGGCAGGACACGGCGAGCAGCUCCUCAUAGUAUAUCACAGAGGUACUGGGUUUGAUGGAGAUCAGGCCCUUGGAGUUCAGCUGCUUCAGCUUGGAAGGAAGAGAAGGCAGGUGAUCCAUGGAGAACCGCUGCCACUCUCACGGAAGUCCUACCUGGCAUGGAUGGGCUUCAGUGCGGAGGGAACCCCGUGCUGUAUUGACUCUGAGGGGGUGGUGCGAAUGCUCAACCGAACCCUGGGGAACACAUGGACCCCUGUCGGUAACACCAGAGACACCUGCAAGAGCAAAUCGGAUCAUUACUGGGUGGUUGGUGUUCAUGAGAAUCCUCAGCAGCUCAGGUGCAUCCCCUGUAAAGGCUCACGUUUCCCUCCCACCUUACCUCGUCCUGCUGUGGCCAUCCUCUCCUUCAAACUGCCUUAUUGCCAGACCACUACAGAGAAAGGCCAGAUGGAGGAGCAGUACUGGCGUUCCAUGCUCUUCCAUAACCAUUACGGCUUUCUGUCGUCCAGCGGUUAUGAAAUCGACAAUGAGGGCCAGACUCGGGCUGAGAAAGAGCAGCAGGAACUGCUAAUGAAAAUGUUUGCUCUGUCAUGUAAACUGGAGCGUGAGUUCCGGUGUGUGGAGCUGGCUGAGCUGAUGACUCAUAGCGUGGUGACACUCGCCAUCCGUUACGCGUCUCGCUCUAGACGCAUGGCUCUGGCACAGAGACUCAAUGAGCUUGCUCUGGAAAAGGCCAAUCAGCUGCAGGAGGAGGAAGAGCCAGCCUAUCAGAGCGUAGUUCGAAACUCUGGGUUUAGUCACGGCGACAGAGAAUAUAGAGGAUCCGAUCUGAUGAACAGCAGACAAGCACAAGUUGAGAGUGGCUGUGACGAUGAGGAAGAGGUGGAGGAAGAAUAUCAACAGGAAGAACAAAUGGAUGCAGAGGAAUCAACAGAGGCCAGCAGACCUCGUUUGAAUCCAUUCAAAAAGGGAGGAAAAUCACCUGAAAGGCCCUCUCCCAAACCAGUGAGCAGAGAAGGACGUGUGAACCCUUUUAAGGUAUCGGUUGCAGAAAAGUCGUCAGGCUCUCCAGCUGGUCAACCCAGAGCGACUAAUGUUUUAGACAGCAUGACGUUGUCCAACAGAAAGCCUGCUGCUCUCAGCGGAACCUCAAAACAAGGCAAAGCCCCAGUCCUGAAGCCCCUAGCACCCAAACCCAAGUCCAAGACGCAGGCCACUCUGCUGCAGAUGAGCAUUCCUAAAGGAACCAUUAAGAAACAGGUGGAGAGCCAAUCAGCAGCUGAGACCGCGAAAGAGACUCCUGUAGCAACACCUCCAGCAUCAACAGAGAAUACUGAAAACAGAAAGCCGAAAACCGGCUUUCAGCUGUGGCUUGAGGAGAACAGAAAGAGCAUUCUAGCUGACAAUCCUGACUUUGAGGAAAUGGAUGUUAUAAAGGAAGGCAUGGGGAUUUUCCGUGCUCUUUCUGCAGAGGAAAGACUGAUCUGGACGGAGAGAGCAAAGGGUGACUCAGACCCCAAGAAAAGAAAGCGUGAAGAUGAAGGAAAAGAAAUAGUUGAAAACACAGAAACAGACGAGGGCAGUGCGAAAAAGAAAAAGCCGCUGGAUACUUAUGCUAAGCUCUCUGCAUUUGCAUUUAACAAAGAAUAAUACUUACCGUAAAUUAGUUUAGUACUUAUUUUUACAUUUUAUUUUAAUAUUGAUAAUGAAGAUUCUUAAGUUGUUUUUCAUUGCUCACUGUUGCUCAUCUGGUGUGUUCUCCAUAAAUGUUCUCUUCAAGUUUGAGCUCUUUUGAAAGCAUUGCAUGCAUCACUUCGUUUGCAUUUCAAAUGAAGCAAACGUUCUUUAUGCAUUUCACAAUUAGGCAAGAUGGUUAAUAUCUAGAUCUUUUUCUAAAUCUGGCAAAAUAUUGUGGAUACUAUGAUAUCUUUCUUAUCUUUGAUUAUACUGGAUAUUUGUACAUAUGUUAAUGUGAACAUUUCUACUGUAUGUAAACCAAAUGAUACAAAUAAAAGCAAAAAAUAUUGAAUUUGA